GUAGACUAGCAAUCCCAGAGUCUUAAGGAGCUGACGUUAACCCUCCGGUCACAAUGCACGGCCACCUUCCCUUCCUUUUCCUCCCACUCUCAUUACCCAAUCUGUCUCUCUCCUCAGAUUCCGAUGCUUCCUUCCCAAUCACAUCACUUCUUCCUACUCCCCCAAUUCACCUCCGGCGUACCUUAGUCCAACCACCCUUCAAAUCCCCAAAAAUCGCCACAAUUACCGGAAUCUUUCAUGGAACACCAGGGUGCGCACAACACCUCCCGACCCCACGCUGGCGGCCGAGAAGACUGCUGGAGCGAAGGCGCCACCGAAACGCUGAUCGAAGCCUGGGGCAACCGUUAUCUCAGACUCAACCGGGGUAACCUCCGUCAGAAAGACUGGAAAGAAGUCGCCGACGCCGUUAACGGCCGUCAGAACGGCAUCAAGCCCCCUCGCACCGACAUCCAGUGCAAAAACCGCAUCGACACCUUGAAGAAGAAGUACAAAACCGAGAAAUCCAAACCCUCGCCGUCGAAAUGGCCGUUCUAUUCGCGUCUCGGUUACCUUAUCGGACCAAACUCCGGUACACCGUCGAGCAAAAAAUCCGCCACCACCGUUACUCUCACCGUAAAAUCAAAACAUAAACAAAACCGUAACCCUAAUUUUAACGCCGUUAAUUUUUCCGGUGGUUCAUCAAGGUUGAAUUCGAGUGGUUCUAAUGAGAGUUCUCUUGGUAAUGGUGGAAGACACGAAGAAGACGAUGAUGAUGGGGUAUUCGGUGUGAGGAAGUAUAACAGAAUGGACAGUGUGGAUUUAUCGGAGGAAUCGGCGUUUAAGGAAUUGGCGAGGGCGAUUUUGAGGUUCGGGGAGAUAUAUGAGAGGAUCGAGAGUUUGAAACAGCAACAGAUGAUGGAAUUGGAGAAGCAGAGGAUGGAGUUCACUAAGGAGCUUGAGUGCCAAAGGAUGAAUAUGUUCAUGGAAGCUCAACUCGAGCUCGAGAAAAUGAAACGGUCAGCAAAGCAAACGCCCGGUUCAGGGAAGAAGUUAAGCUGAGAUGGCAUGAACACUCUCCUCGACAAGCAAAGGGUCGUAUAUGAAGCACGUCAGAUAAAAACAUCCUUGGUGUUAAGUGAGCUGCAGAUUCAAUAUUCCAAGAAAGCGCAAAUUGUAAUGUGUUUAAGUGCAUGUUUUUUAUUUUCAUUUGUAUAUUAUUAGGUAUUCCACAACAGAUUUCUAUUGCUAUUACAUUUUCUAAUUGUAAUUUCUUGCCCCCUUUCCACCUUUGGUCAAUGAAUUCAUGAUGUUUCUCAUAUGUAGCUAAGACCUAUGAUGUAUUGUUUUUUUUACUUUUAUUUUUUCUUUAUUCUCGGGUUGGACGACUUCUCCAUCUCCACCUUAACAUGUAUUCUAUUUAUGAAUAAAAC